AUGCCACGGAGAUCGGACGGUACCCUUACUGGGCUUGAUGAUCAGGAAGAGGGCGAUCUAAGUCGGUACUUCAAUUCAGCCAUGAAGAAGUACGAGGCGGAUCAACGUACAGCUCAGCGAAUGAAUCGACAGCCAAACCGCUACCCAGAUCGACGUACUUUGCUCCAACCUUCACACGAAAGCCUUGACAUGCCGGAUGUGGAGAUGGAAUCGGUGGAGUCGGACACUUACCAACAGAUCCAUCAUGGGGCGGAAUACGACCCGGAUGAUUUAUGGGUGCCCGAACCACGGCGCCCUCACGUAGCCGCGACCGGUGUGACUACCGGAGGGGGAAAAAUUCACGCAGAGGAUCAGAAUCUCAGCGAUUUCUGA